CCGCACGUCUCCUCUUCCAACUGCAGUUGGAAGCAGCGCCAUUUUGAGCGUUCGGCCACCGCGGGCGUGAUUGCGGGGAGGUAGGGUUCCCCUCCUUCCUUUACCUGGCUUUCCUUGCUUCGUUUCCAUAGAUACAUGCGGGGACGUGUGUACCUUGACGUCUAGGCCGCAUCCCGCAUCCCAGGCGAACUCGCUAAGAUGAUGUUAAGAGGAAACCUGAAGCAAGUACGCAUAGAGAAGAACCCGGCUCGCCUUCGCGCCCUGGAGUCGGCGGCCGGCGAGAGCGAGCCGGCGGCGGCCAUGGCGCUGACGCUAGCCGGGGAGCAGGCGCCGCCACCCGCGCCUUCCGAGGAGCACCCGGACGAGGAGAUGGGCUUCACCAUCGACAUCAAGAGUUUCCUCAAGCCGGGCGAGAAGACAUACACGCAGCGCUGCCGCCUCUUCGUGGGGAACCUGCCCACCGACAUCACGGAGGAGGACUUCAAGCGGCUCUUCGAGCGCUACGGCGAGCCCAGCGAGGUCUUCAUCAACCGCGAUCGAGGCUUCGGCUUCAUCCGCCUGGAAUCCAGAACACUGGCUGAAAUUGCAAAAGCAGAGCUGGAUGGCACCAUACUGAAGAGCAGACCUCUCCGAAUUCGCUUUGCUACACAUGGAGCAGCCCUAACAGUCAAGAACCUUUCUCCAGUUGUUUCCAAUGAGCUGCUAGAGCAAGCAUUUUCCCAGUUUGGUCCCGUAGAGAAAGCUGUUGUGGUUGUGGAUGAUCGUGGUAGAGCUACAGGAAAAGGUUUUGUGGAAUUUGCAGCGAAACCUCCUGCACGAAAGGCUCUGGAGAGAUGUGGUGACGGGGCGUUCUUGCUAACUACAACACCUCGUCCAGUCAUUGUAGAACCCAUGGAGCAGUUUGAUGAUGAAGAUGGCUUACCAGAGAAGCUAAUGCAGAAAACUCAACAAUACCAUAAGGAAAGAGAACAGCCACCACGAUUCGCUCAGCCUGGGACAUUUGAAUUUGAAUAUGCAUCUCGAUGGAAGGCUCUUGAUGAAAUGGAAAAGCAGCAGCGUGAACAGGUUGAUAGAAACAUCAGAGAAGCCAAAGAGAAACUGGAGGCAGAGAUGGAAGCCGCUAGACAUGAGCACCAGUUAAUGUUAAUGAGGCAAGAUCUAAUGAGACGUCAAGAAGAACUCAGACGCUUGGAAGAACUCAGAAACCAAGAAUUGCAGAAACGGAAGCAAAUACAACUGAGACAUGAAGAGGAGCAUCGUCGUCGUGAAGAAGAAAUGAUCCGACACAGAGAACAGGAGGAACUGAGGCGACAGCAGGAGGGCUUUAAGCCAAACUACAUGGAAAAUAGAGAACAGGAAAUGAGAAUGGGUGAUAUGGGUCCCCGUGGAGCAAUAAACAUGGGAGAUGCAUUUAGCCCAGCACCUGCUGGUACCCAAGGGCCUCCUCCAAUGAUGGGUAUGAAUAUGAACAACAGAGGAACUAUACCUGGCCCUCCAAUGGGUCCUGGUCCUGCCAUGGGACCAGAAGGAGCUGCAAAUAUGGGAACUCCAAUGAUACCAGAUAAUGGCGCAGUGCACAAUGAUAGGUUUCCCCAAGGACCUCCAUCCCAGAUGGGCUCACCUAUGGGAAAUAGAACAGGUUCUGAAACCCCGCAGGCACCAAUGAGUGGUGUAGGUCCUGUGAGUGCUGGUCCUGGUGGCUUUGGUAGAGGAAGUCAAGGGGGUAACUUUGAAGGCCCUAAUAAGCGGCGGAGAUACUAAAUAUUCUUUCAUUCCUGGCUAUUUAGAAUAAAAAUCAAUGGUAUGCCUUUACACUUUGUCUGUUACCUGGAAGAAAUGGUUUUACUGUUAAUGUACAUAGACUGAAGUUUUUCUUUUGUAAAACUUGAGGGUUUGGGGUUUUUUGUUUGU